CAUAGCUAGUUGUUACUCAUCUCUCAAGGACCAUACACACUUCCCCAACUCCCUCCCUAAAUUCGUCCUGACCACAUUCAAUCCCUACUCCCACUUCAUCCCUUUUCCUAUCAACCAUGUUAAACCGAUCCCGAAGCAUGUCUCAUGAAGAACUCGUAGCCGCAAACGCUGCCUUGCAAGCUCAGGUGGAAUACCUGGCCAAAGAAGUGGCUAAGCUCACAAAGCAAAAGAUGUCCAUGUUGCAAGAUAGUGAAGAUGAAGAGGAAGCUAGCUCUAGUAACACCAUGAGAGCUAGGGCUCAUGAAAAGUCCCAUUCAGACUUCAAAGUUGAUACUCCAACCUUUAAAGGGAAGAAUGACCCAGAUGAAUUUCUUGAGUGGUUAGAGACAGUGGAACGAGUCUUUGAUUUCAAAGAAGUCUCCGACGACAAGAAGGUCAAGAUUGUGGCCUUAAAAUUCCGCAAGUACGCCUCCACUUGGUGGCUAACACCUGCACCAAACGGAAUCGAAGUGAGAAGCCUCUCGUUGACUCAUGGCAAAAGAUGAGGAGUCUCUUGAAGAAGAAGUUCCUACCCACUGAAUAUUCCCGAGAGAACUUUGCUAAGCUUCAAACGCUUAGGCAAGGUACGAAGUCAGUGGAAGACUACACCCGGGAGUUCGAGGAACUCCUACU